AUGGACGCAAUUACUGCGUUCUUGAAGAACCGAAUCGAUGGUGGUACAUUCACCUUCGAGAACGGGAAUCGGAAUUAUCACGCUAGUAUUCAGAUGGAACCACUCGAGGCUUCAUAUGGUAGGAGAUGUAGAUCUCCCAUUGGGUGGUUCGAGAUUGGGGAAGCUGGAUUGAUAGGACCAUGCCUCGUGCAUCAGGCUAUGGAGAAGGUCAAGGUCAUUGAGGAGCGGUUGAAAACUACUCAAAGGUGUCAGAAUUCCUAUUCGGAUGUUCGUUGUAGGGAUUUGGAGUUCAAAGAAAAUGAUUGGAGAAUUGGCCAGGCGGCUUACAAGCUUGAACUACCCCCAGAGAUGUCUUUAGUGCACCCGGUGUUUCAAGUAUCCAUGUCGAAGAAGGUGGUUGGAGAUCCGUCACUUAUUGUCCUAACUGAGUCUGUUCAGGUUGACAAGGAACUGACUUAUGAAGAGAUUCCAGUUGCCAUUCUUGAUAGGCAAGUCCGUAAAUAG